GUCAUCGAGCUUUGCAACUACACCGUUUUAGAGAGAUACAUAUAUUUUCUCUAUGAUGUUUUCACGUUCAGUCGCCUUACGGAAAGGGAAUAUCCAUAGUCCAACAGAAUUCGCAGAUCCUUCCAAUUAUGCCGUCAAGGCCUAAAUCUAGGGUUUCUACAUAGUAUCCUAGGCACCAUAUAGGACAUCGUGACCCGAAAGCCCGAUUGAAGCUACUGAUGCAGCGCGGAGUGGUUGUCGCAAUUGAUGGUGGUAUGCCUACAGAACGUUCUACUAUGUAACUCAAACUAAAAGAUUCCCCGGGUCUUAAGCCCGUUACGUCCGAGUGAAGUAUAUAGAGAUACCUGGUAUAUAACUAAGUCCGAUAGCUUCACGUCUAAACCGUUAGUUCAUACUAUCACUACUUUCUAUAUCUUCAUACAGCUACUUCGAUAUAAGAAGUCUUUAUAAUGUCGUAUUCUAAGUGCUGCCUCAAGGGUUUCCAAUGGAGCGGAACUCCAUGCGGGAAGACCGGGAAGAUCGCCGAUCUCAAUACUUACAUCGCGGGUGACAACGCCGACGCUGCCGUGCUGCUCAUCCACGAUGUUUUCGGUUGGACUUUUCCCAACUUACGUCUGCUAGCGGACCACUUUGCUCGCGAGAUCAACGCGACUGUCUAUCUUCCUGACUUCUUCGACGGUGAAGUCAUCGAGCCCACUCCAGCCAUCUUAUCCGGAGACUUCAGUGGUUACGACUUCGCAGGCUUUAUGGUACGAAACUCCCGCCAGGCCCGAGAGCCGGAGAUCUUUGCCGUCGCGAAGGCCCUGCGUCAGAAGUACAAGAAAAUUGGCGCUAUCGGCUAUUGUUUCGGAGGAUGGGGUGUAUUUCGACUGGGAGCCAAAGAGCACAACCCCCCUCUAGUCGACUGUAUCUCAACUGGACAUCCGUCUUUGUUAACUAAGAAGGAUAUCGACGAGGUCGCAGUCCCCGUGCAGCUUCUAGCCCCCGAGCACGACCCUAUAUAUUCCGAGGAGCUGAAGAGUUACACCUUUGAAAAGGUUCCUAAGCUGGGAAUCGAGUUCGAUUAUCGCCACUAUCCGGGCGUGGCGCAUGGCGCUCUUGUCCGCGGUAGCGAUGAGGAGCCUGGCGAGCUAUUGGCUAUGGUUAGGGCAAAGAAUGACGCUGUAAACUGGUUCAACCAGUUCUUACACGAGCCGUAGGUUGACUGUUCGGGCUACGAUCAAGACUGACAUCACAACUGAAUGUAACCAAUACUCUUAUACUAGAGACGUGG